CGUCCCCUGGGCUGUUCCGGAUGAGACGCGUCCCUCCCUCCGCCCCUCUGAUCCUCUUAUCAGCGAGUAAGCGGCCAAGAUGGAUGUUGUAAACCAGCUGGUGGCCCAAGGGCAGUUCACUGUACUCAAACAACCGCUGGGAUUUAUCAAAAUUCUACAAUGGAUCUUUGCGAUCUUCGCCUUCUCGACAUGCGGCAGCUACUCCGGCAUGUUCAAGAUGAGCGUGGAGUGCAGAAACCGGUCGGAGAGUGACCUCGGCAUAGAAGUAGAAUUUGAAUAUCCGUUCAGGCUCCACCAGGUUUACUUUGAUGCCCCCACCUGUAAGGGAGGGAACCCCGAGCGUCUCUUCCUGGUCGGGGACUACUCCUCCUCCUCCGAGUUCUUCGUCACCAUCGGUGUCUUCUCCUUCCUGUACGCCAUGGCCUCCCUCUCUGUGUACUGCUUCAUACUGGAGAAGUACCGUGAAAACUGCAAGGGGCCCCAGAUUGACUUCGUUGUGUCGGCGGUGUUUGCCUUCAUGUGGCUGGUGUCCUCCUGUGCUUGGGCUAAAGGCCUGUCGGACGUGAAAACAGCCACCGACCCGGAGAGUGUGAUCACUCUCAUCGCCGCCUGUGAGGAACCAGAGAACCGCUGCCGUGAAGUCCAUGACCCCAAAGUCUCCGGCCUCAACACCUCUGUGGCUUUUGGCUUCAUCAACCUGAUCCUGUGGAUAGGGAACCUGUGGUUUGUGUUCAAGGAGACCGGCUGGAUGGCCGCCUUCUCCGGAACAUACGUUCCAUCACAGGAAAAGCAGCCCGCACCCGAUUCCUUUGCCCAGGAAGGAUACGCUCAGCAGGACCCCUACGCCGGAUCCCAGGGAGGGUACCAGCCCGAAUACGGCCAGCAGCAGCAGCAGGGCGGCGGCUACAAUGAGGAGGGGGGAUACAGCCAGGGCUAUGAGCAGCAGCCCACCUCCUAUGCUAAUCAGAUGUGAGCCUGUCCCGCCAAACCUCAGCUGCAGGAUGGGUGACCUUGUGAUUCUGGAGUGUGGCUCUUGACCACCGCCUGCAUUUCCACACUCCUCUGUGUGUCUGUUUGUGUAUCUGUGAGUUGACAGGCGGAGGGAGGGAGGCAUGGAGGGGGGAGACCCUGGUGGGCC